CUUUCGAUAAGUAUGUGUAUACGCGUUUGUGUGAAAAAUGAUGCAAGUAUCAAAAUAAAAUUUAAAAUCGAAUUUAUUUCAAUGCCAUAAAAAUGUUUUUAUUAAUCUCAAUGCACAUUGUUUUCACGCAAGCGCAUAUAAUUCAUAUGAAUUUACCGAAAAUAAACAUAACUCAGUUUAAUUCUACACUUCAUCUAUCCUUUGGACAUAUAAAAAGAAUUUGCAAGAAUUCCGACGUGAUAUGCAAGUCGAAUGAUAGUUCCAUAUGUUCAGUAAGAUAUGACAAAGAUGGGAGCAGUUAUAAGGAUUUUGAAAAUACAUGUUAUUUAUUUAUGAGUAAUAUGUGCAACUCGCCUGGUUUCGAAUAUUCUAUAAUAAGCAGCGGAACCUGUGAACAGUACUUCAAUGCACGCCGUACUGAGAUGACAGCCAAACAAGCAAACCAGACUGUCAGUUUGGAUGGAUCUAAUACUACAACUAAAUUGAGUACAGUGAAUUCUCUCCGAUCGAAACAAGAAACAACAUUCAGCACUCUGUAUGAAGUAGAGACUGCGUUCGACUUCCACAUCUGCCCUUAUUCCUGCCCAGAUAUUUACUCUCCGAUCUGCGUGUCCGCUAACCGUGGCUUCGGCAAAUACUUCAAGUUCUUCACAUUCGUCAACCAUUGCGCUGGAGAUUUGUAUUAUUGCAAGCAUUGGGAAGAAUUUUCACCGCCUCCCGACGAAGACGAGAAAGUGAGCAGUUCUCCGUUGAGUUGGUCGUAUUGUGGAGCUUCCAGGUACCUUCAGUUCGCACGUUUCGCUGAAGUAGCAUCAUCGAUGGGUCACUAUGGAUGGCUGGCAGGGGACUACCGUUAUUCUCACAUAAUGGAGCCCCAUGAAAGAGCUCCUGGCUUUGGAUAAUGCUUUAUUUCUUUAUCACUCAUAACUUUAACCGUUUACUCAGCGCGCGCAACGGAAGCUCUCAAAAGGAAUAAAUAUUCCCCGU